AUGUACAAGCAAACCCUGAAACCCAUAUGGAUGUGUAGAAUCCAACUCUGGGGCUGUGCCAGCAAGAGCAAUGUCGAUGUAAUUCAACGGUUCCAGAACAAAGUAUUGAGCAUCGUCGAUGCUCCAAGAUUCAGCCGGAACGCCGACGUUCACAGAGACCUGGAGGUGGAGUUUGUUGCAACAAAGAGUGGGCGCUUUACGUCUGGUGGUUAUCUCAUCAUCUACAAAUUGCACGUUGGUAAUGAACAAAAAGGCCUCUACCAACUGGUCGACUCGCCUCAACCAAAUCUGCGAAGGGAUAGCGCCGAGCUGUUCAUCAAAGAAGUCAUCCCUUCGUUGCAGCUGACAUUGGAAGAUGAGGUGGCGGUUGGCGGUGGCAUUCUGAGUAUGGUGUGCAUCAGGGACGAGCUGAUGCUGGCUACGACACGGGGUCACGUCGUCCGCUAUCGCUGGGAUGGCACCGAGAACAGGGACUACUGCCUCGAUCUCCGGCGAAUACCGUUUUGCAUCGAUCAACAGGUUGCUAAGGCUGUGCCAAUCGUAGAAAAUAAUACUUAUAUAAUUGAUAUGGAAUACUCACCUCUUAUUGGAGGAUUCGCAAUUGUGCUCAAUGAUGGAAGGGCUGCUUUUCUGACGUCUUCCAAUCUAAUGUUCGACCCGAAUCAAGUACAAGGCAUAUGGGCGCAGAACAUUGAUGAUGCCACAUGUUGUACUGUCAAUCACAAAUACAGGCUCAUCACAUUUGGUAGGAAAAAUUCGCAGGCGGCAGUAUACGAGAUAGACGAGGUGUCAGGAGGGCUGGAGCUGACGCACGAGAUGGUAGUUUCGGCGCAGGUGUACCCAGGACAGGUGGGUGCCGUGGCCUGCCUCAGGUGGACGCCCGACGGGUGCGCGGUCGCCAUGGCCUGGACCUCGGGUGGCUUCUCGCUCUGGUCCACCUUCGGGUCGCUGCUCGUCUGCAGCCUCGCCUGGGACUACGGCCUGCAUGUCGAGCUCGCCUCACACAAUCCUAUCAAUGUCACUGCCAUGGAAUGGUCAUCUGAAGGAUAUCAAUUGUGGAUGGUGAAGAAAGGUGGCUGUGGAGACAAUUAUGUACAUAAUAGUAACGCUAAUAAUAAUAAUAAUUGCAAUAGUCAAAAUAAUAGCAAUUCUAAUAUUAAUAGAAACUUGAACGAGGACUCUCUAAUUCAGCUUGGAUUUGUCAAAAGUGCCUUAACUGUUAAUCCUUGUAUGAGCCAUCAAGCCCACUUGUAUCUACAGGGAGAAGAUAGAAUAUACGUGAAUUUAGGAGCUGGGCUAACCAAGGUCUAUCAGAUCAAAGACCCGACUGAUUCACCCAGUCCACAGCCUGCUGUAUCAACGUCUCUUGUUGAAAGCAAAGCAUGGAUUGUUAUUUUAAUUCCUUCGACCUAUUCAGCUACAAAUUGGCCUAUCAAAUACACGGCUAUCGACAGGGAAGGGUGUCGAGUGGCGGUGGCGGGGCGAUCGGGUCUGGCGCAUUACUCGCUGCUGACGCGCAAAUGGAAGCUGUUCGGCAACGAGACGCAGGAGAAGGACAUGGUGGUGACGGGUGGCCUGCUCUGGUGGCACCACCACAUUGUCGCCGGCUGCUACAACCUGCCCGACAACCAGGACGAGAUACGCAUCUAUGCCAGCGACACCCGCCUCUCCAACCAGCACAUGACAUCCACUCAGGUGUCCUCGCAGCUGCUGCUGUUAGACUCGGUGAGGGAUCGGCUGCUGGUCUUCUGCGCAGACUCCUUCAUCACCAUCUAUGUCAUGUCGCAUGUCACCAAUUCAGCUGCCGAGCACAGCAUAGGGCUGAGCCGGCUGCAGAUAAUCAACAUAGGGGCGCUGCGAGUGCACCCGGCCUGUGUGGUGUCGGUGACACUGCAAACAGAACCCGGCCACCACCCCUCGCCAGCCGCCAUCCACUCCAAGGACAGCUUCCUCAUCAACGUCAGCGGCCGGCUCCUCUCCGUGCACCAGCACAACAACAAUCAGUCGCAGGUGUUGGCGGCUCCGACAGUGCUGGCCUCAUGUGUGGAGAACGUGUGGGUGCCGAGCCAAUUCAGUCGCAGCAAGCCGCAUCUGACCGAGGCACUGUGGCUGUUCUGCGGCGCACACGGCAUGCGAGUCUGGCUGCCUCUCUACCCGCCGCGCGAGGGCCACAAGGGCCACACGUUCAUGUCCAAGCGAGUCAUGCUGCCCUUCCAACUCAACAUUUAUCCGCUCGCAAUAUUAUUCGAGGAUGCGAUUCUACUUGGAGCCGAAAAUGACACAGUUCUCUACUCUUCAGACAGCUCAUCGCCAUUCUCACUUCCUUUCUGCACUUUAGAAAGAACUAGUCAAGUGUAUUUGCACCAAAUACUUCGCCAGCUGAUCAGAAGGAAUCUGGGCUACCAUGCUUGGGAGAUAGCUCGCUGCUGCACUGGCCUGCCAUACUUCUCGCAUUCUUUAGAACUUCUACUUCAUGAGGUGUUGGAGGAGGAAGCGACAAGCAAAGAGCCGAUCCCGGACGCGCAGCUGCCGAGCGUGGUGGAGUUCAUCCAGGAGUUCCCCGUCUACCUGGAGACGGUGGUGCAGUGCGCGCGCAAGACAGAGAUCGCACUCUGGCCAUACCUGUUCGCGGCCGCCGGAAAACCCAAGCACCUCUUCCAGGAGUGCCUCGCUCGCAAGCAGCUCGACACGGCCGCUUCCUAUCUCAUCAUAUUGCAGAACCUCGAAUCAUCCUCAGUAAGUCGGCAGUUUGCAACAAUGCUUCUUGAUUCAACGCUUGAAAAUGGAAAAUGGGAACUUUCCAAAGAUCUAGUGCGGUUUUUGAAAGCAAUAGACCCAAAUGAUGUGGAAUCACCAAGAACAUCGUUUAUAAUGCCUUCGAAGUAUGGCAUGAUGCCUCAAUCUCCACCCGUGGCACCCAAUGAAGAAGAUCUGUCAUUAGUACUAGGAUCUAUGCAGGUUUCUCGGGGCAGAAGCUUUAGCACAACUGUGAAUCCCAAGAUUCAGAGUGUUGAUGCGCCGCAAUCGGGAUCUGCUACUGCGCAUCACAUCGACAUUUCAACACAGAGGAGGAAGAAGUCUGUGCCAACUGGCAAAUCAGACAAUCGUGAAUGGAGCGUGUCGAGCAGCGCCGGAGGUGCGGGAGGAGGUAGUGAUUCUGCCGAGGAGUUCUUCAUGGACGUGAUGAUCCAGCGGCAUGCGAGACGCCUGCUGACAGAGCACCAGCUGAGUGACCUUGGGCGCAUGAGUGCACAUCUGCUGCUGCCAUUGGUCGGCUGGCUGGCUCGCGAACGGCAGCGCGCUGCGCGUCUCGAUGCGCGCGCAUUUGUCACCGCGCUCCGUCAUCUGCACGCUGACUUCGCCUGGCCAUAUCCGCAGCUCAUCAACAACACCUCAGGUUCGUCGCUACGCUCGUCGCCAACAAUGCCCAUGGAUGAGGUGGCGGGGAGCCGAGUGGGGGACAGUGUCUACAUGAGCCAGGAGCCCCACCCACUCUUCCCCCUGCCCUUGCAGCCAGCAGUGGCGGGGAGCCGAGUGGGGGACAGUGGCUACAUGAGCCAGGAGCCCCAUCCACUCUUCCCCCUGCCCAUGCAGCCAGCAGCCGGUGAUGAGCGCAGCAUCAUCAGCGAGAAUGAGAGCUGGUUCUGUGACAACGAAAUGGAUGCUGUCUCCAACGACACCUCCUGGACAGACAUUCCCAGCAUUCAUCUCAUCGAACAAGUCAACCUGCACAUAUCCCAGUACAACAAGGGAUCACACAAGUCCGAAGUACAAUUGAGGUAUUUGCUGCAAAUCUUCUUGGAAGCCGGUUGUUUGGAAUGGUCACUACUGAUAGCCGUGCUCCUGCAAGACGCGAUGGCGGUCCAUCGAACAACAACUAUAGCCGCUCGGAGCCCAGAUCAAACUUAUGAAGCAAUAAAUAGGCUAAAAGAAGGAAUCAUCGCCUUGAUCCAAUGGAGUGCUACUGAAUGCUACGGUUACAAGCCAUUCAUGAUGGUGAUCCAGAGCCAAGUGGUGAUGCUGAACCGACUGCUGGCCACGAAGCAGCGCUCGACCACCCCGCCGGCCAGCGACCCCCCGCACCCGCACCCUCACCCGCCCCCUCGGUCGCGCACCUCCAGUGACGGGGGUGGUGGAGGGACUGCCAGCCACUCAGCCACGCCCACCGAGCAGCAGUCUGCCGAGUCAGCAGACGAGACACCUCCGCCGCCGCAGCCUGCUCAUUCCAACCAACUAACCCAACAAUCGAACUGUACCGUUUCCUAAUACAUUCUAUUUAACUUGUUAUCGUUUGUUCAAAUUUAUAUUCUGUUGAACGUUGUUAAUUACAAUUUAUUUUUUUAUUAUGUACCUAUAUCGAACUAGAUUAUUGUUUAUUCUCUUGGUAAGAUGAAAGUCAAUUGAAAAAAGUGAUUUGGAAAUGUGGUAAAUUUGGAAAUUCCAAAUGGACAACAAUAAAAUAUUGUAAAUUUUUCUAUGAAUACUUUGAGAGACUAUCUUCUGAAUAAUCCACUGUAUUCUUUAAAAUCAUUCCCAGUAUAUAUUGUUCAGGAAUAAGAAUUCAUUAGAGACGUGCCUAGUGAUGUAGGUGGCGAUUUUACUGUUGGUAUAGAAAACUGACAUACGCCGUUUGAUUGUCAAUAUCAAGGUAGAAAUCGUUUGUAAAUGUUCAAUGGUAAUGAACCUAGAUAAUUUUCAUCCAAUCUAAUGUUUAUUUGCUUCAUUGAAUAGUCUAAAUUUUCAUUCCAUUUCCAUUCACAUUUUACAUUUUUACACUUCUACUUUCAAUUGAAGUUGGUGUUAACUACUGAAUCUUUUACUUUGCACUUUAUGAAUUGUCUGCCAUUCUGCUGAGUAUUUUAUUUCCAUAAUGAUUCACCUAUUGUUUGAAUUGAGAUAAAUAUCUACAACAUUUCUCAGCUUUGGACUUUCACAGUUUUUCAGUGUAUUCGAACUACCCAUGCAAAAUAUCCUGUUUGCUGGAAUGAAUAGUAAAAUAUAGCCAUGGGAAAUACUGUAUAAGGGUGUUCUUGGUGACCUAAUAAUAAAAUCUCCAAUUCAAUUUUCUGCUUUCAUAUACAAAGAAAAUUUGACUUUGUGUUUUUCAAAUUUAUGUAAAAAUCUAUUCGAACUCUCAGAUUAAUAUGAUUUGUUUGGGUCGUAUAGAAUCUGUUACCGUUGAGUUGGUGCUACAGCAGUAAUACACAAAUUGUUGUAGGGAUUUGUAAUGUUAUUCAUACAACAAGUUGAAUUUCCAUAAAUUUUGGUUUACAUUUUGGUGUGUGAGUAAUAAGUCUGAUCCAUAAUCAAUGUAGUCAAUGUCAGUAAAAUGACUAGUUCCAUAAUCAAAUGACAUUGUAGUCAGUUGAACCUGAGAUAAAAUCAUCUUAUCAUAUAUUUUUUAUAAAUUGAAUUGCUUGUAGAUGGGCUCAAAAGAUUUUUUUGAGCAGAGAAUGCUACCAUUGGACAGUCAGGGUUGGUUACUACAUAAAUAUUAGUUGAAAAAAAAAUUCGGUAGUUAUCAAUGAUGAACUGAAAAUAAUAUAUACCAGUAUACCAGAAGGGUUUCAAAGUAGUUUGCGAAUUUGGUUUUCAAUUUAAAUUAGAUAAAUAAUAUGAUAAUAAAAUGAUAGAAGCCAGUUCAAAACUCAACAUAAUCAAUGAACAGGUCAACGAGUUUUAUGCUCGGUUGCUGAGUCAAUACAUAACUUAUGUACACUCGCUAUCGUAGCCAUAAGUCUACUUUUCGUUAUUCUGUUGCCACAUAAUUUGUAGGCGCUAUAUAUUAUUUAUAAAAUGAAUAGCCCUGAAUCCAUACAUUUUGAGAGGAUAUAUAUUAUGUAAACAUAAGUUAUGUUGACCAUAAUUUGCUAAAUCGAUUGCUGAGUCGUCUAAAGUCUAGAGCAGCAUAUGUAUGUCUCCCAUAGCUCUUGAAUCGCCCACGUAUAGUCUGUUUAAAAUACGUUGAUACUUGGCCCUCCAUCUGAAGAAAUAAUAGCGUUGACAAUUCGUUUAAGAUUGCGAUUUUCUCAAAUUUCUAAUUCAACAUAAGAAUUGUAUGUAGAAUAUCAUCCCCGAUGAUUACAGUAGUGCUAAAAAUGUUU